AUGCGCAGAUCUGAGCCGUUGACGUCAUGUCCGUGGGAAAAAUCGGUUGGUAGUGCAGUCAGCGAAUGUUUAACGACAAAAUUAGUUAGUUUUUAUUUUAAGUAUAUAAAUGUAAAAAUGAUUCUUACUGUAAAGCCACUUCAAGGAAAAGAGUGUAAUGUUCAGGUGACAGAAAAUGAAAAGGUAUCAACAGUAAAAGAGCUGGUGUCAGAACGAUUAAACAUCCCACCCAGUCAGCAAAGACUGUUAUAUAAAGGCAAAGCUCUUGCAGACGAACAUAGGUUGAGCGAUUACUCCAUUGGACCAGAGGCCAAACUCAAUCUGGUAGUGCGACCGGCAGGAGAGAGGAGUGCAGGGGCGAUGGGAACCAGCAGCAGUGUUCAUAAUGAUAAAACAGGCAGUGGUGUGUGGCAGUUAUUGUCAACUGUCCUGGCCAAACACUUCAGCCCUGCUGAUGCAGCUAAGGUCCAGGAACAACUUAUUAAGGAUUAUGAACGUUCCCUUCGACAGCUUAGUCUAGAUGACAUUGAGCGUCUGGCUAGCCAUCUUCUCCACCCCGAGACGGAGGGCAUGGAUACUUCAUACAUGGACUAAACAAACCAUACCAAUGAAAAUCUUUAGACUGUCCCUACAGAUCACCUGGUUGGAAAAAGCAAGACAAGAGUGUGGGAUGUGUUUAAUGUGGACUUUAGGAAGUUUUCCAUUGUGAACUGGAUUUCUCUGAGAUGAACCCUGUCGGGGCACCGGGGAAGGGCCACAAUGUUUACCAUUGUUUUUUCCCAUCAGAGGAAACCAGUGGUUGUUUUAGUGCAACUAGUGUAAAUAUUGUGUGCAAAUUAUUAAAGGACAAUAAAAAAUGUUG